GUCCCCUUUCCCCUCUUCUUUUACUUUUCGACUGAUCCUUGGAUAGUCCUGGCAAGUAAGUGCGAAGGCUUAACCCCUGAACUGAACACAAAUCGGCCUUCCACUGCUGUGCCCAUUCUUGAGCAUUCUAGAUACGACAAUUCAGGACUUCUCUAGAUCGCCUCAACCCUUCAUCUUCUAUCGGGGGCUGCUUCUACAAAAGCCACCGCCCUGGCUCCCAGGCCCAGCUGCAGCUUUCUCCGUCGCCUGAGGAAGAGAAUAAUGACAGCAGCCCACCCCGGCUUCCGAUUUACAAAACCCGAUCAACAAUGAGUCUUGUACAUGUCCUGAGUGCCCUGGGGGCAUUCGAUGAAGGGGGGCGAGACCUCUUCCGCCGAACGAUCUAUGGCCCCGGUGGCGUCACUCUGGACAUUGAUCCCCUCCCCAGCACUCAGCGCAAAGGUCUCAUUGCAGUCUCUGUCAUGGCAGUUUUAUCCUUCGUAGCGACACUGGCCUUGAUCUGUUUCAUCAGCUACCGACUCAUCUUCUGGCGCGGUUCAUAUGCGCGGUACAUCGGUUACAAUCAAUAUGUCAUUCUCAUCUACAACCUCGUUUUGGCCGAUCUCCAGCAAGCGCUCGCAUUCCUGAUCUGCAUCAAAUGGAUUGCAGAGGAUAAAAUAUCCGCGGAUUCGGCAGGUUGUUUCCUGCAGGGAUUCUGGCUGCAGGUAGGAGACCCAGGAAGUGGACUUUUCGUCCUGGCGAUCGCCUUUCAUACCUUCCUGCUCGUGGCUCUGGGGCGGAAAAUGAGCCAUAAAGUCUUCGUCAGCUUCGUAAUUGGAGUUUGGAUCUUUGUGGCCGUCCUUGUUAUCAUCCCCCUUGCUGCUCAUGGCCGUUACGUCUUUAUCCCAUCAGGUGCCUGGUGCUGGAUCAGCGAAGAUUACGAAUCGAUCCGUCUCUGGACGCACUACAUCUGGAUUUUCUUGGCCGAGUUCGGUACGGUCUGUCUGUACGCUGUGAUGUGGUUCCAGCUCCGGGUCCGGAUCAAGCAGUCCGCCAUUCUGGGCAGCAGUCACAUCGAAAGUCUCAAGCGCCUUCGCCGCGUUAUCGGAUACAUGGUCAUCUAUCCGAUCGCCUAUAUUGUCCUUUCGCUCCCUCUUGCCGCAGGUCGAAUGGCGACCGCGCAAGGCAACUCCCCCAGUAUAGCCUACUUCUGUGUUGCCGGUGCCAUGAUCACCAGUUCCGGACUGGUCGACGCCCUGCUGUACACCCUUACCCGUCGAAACCUGAUCUUGGAAUCGGAACCCAGUCACGAUCGCAGCUACAACCGCUUUGCGAGCAGCAAGGGCCGGAAGACCGAAAACCAUCUGACCACCAUCACCGCGGACCCCAAGAUGAACCGGACAGAUAUCAGCGCUCUGCGCAAGGGCGUCCAUGAAGACGACGAUCUCGAACAUACCGUGCGCGACGGUUCCACCGACAACAUUGUGCAGACUGCCGGUGUUGAACUGACUCCGAUGGGCAAGGUGUACCAGCACACCACGAUCGAGAUCACCUCCGAACCUGCAUUCGACAAUGGAGUCGAAGAGAGCAGCGAUCGCUCGAGCAAGGAUUCAGACCGCCACCAUGGGAGAAUCAAUGACUCGUCAGCACGGAUGUGGGGAAGAUAAAUCGCCCACUCAAUGUCCUUUUCGAAAUAAUGCCCUUUUCAUUAUUUUUUUUUCUAUGUUAUACUUCUUACGCCUAUCUUUGUACUACUAUAUACGGCUUUAUUGUAUUCUUGGUGGUGGCGGCUAUCUCAGGUUUUCCCCCCUUAUCAAUACUCUCACUCCGACGACUUCGACACCCCCACAUCCUUCCUCUCUCUGCGAUCUCCGCGGAGAAAGCAUCCCUAUCUACCUUUCAUAUUGCAUACAUUAUUAUGCACAUGUAUAUACCUUGCACCGGAUAUUUCCUUAUCUUUCUUCUUUUCUCAAAUACCUUCCAGGAAUGAUACC